GCAUGGCUGCUUACGGUCUCGUACCGCCUUCUUUAGAAGCAAAAUUUCUAUUGUAAUAGUGUUACAACGGAUAACAGUAUUUUACCGGUAUUGCCCUUCGCCGAUCCAGCCCGACAGCAUGAGCACGACGACCGAUGAGACGUCGUCCAUGGCGAGCAUGUUCUCACGCAUGAUUGCCUCGCGCUUCACCAUUGGCGACGUGGACAGUAGCAGCAGCCAGCACACCAAGAAGCCGACGACGCCAACGAUCCCGGCCGAGCUCGAGCUCAAGAUCGCGCUCGUGGGCGGCAACGGCGUCGGCAAGACGUCGAUCGUGCGCCGAUGGCUCAAGCGACCGUACCAGUCGGCGUACAGCCAGACCAUCGGCGUCGACGUGAGCACGCUCCUCUACCCGUACGGUCCGUCCAAGCAGCCCGUCAAGAUCCAAGUCUGGGACGUCUCGUCCGCCGAGGUCGACAAUACGAGCUUGCACGAGCUCCUCUGCGACGACCUCGACGGUAUCUUCUUCGUCUUCAACGUCCAUCGCGUGAGCUCGAUUGCGGCCAUUGACGCGUGGCGAACGCAGCUUGCGGCGUUCAUCUCGUCGAGCGAAGUGCCCUUUUACCUUCUCUGCCACAAGGCCGACAUGCUACAGAAGCGCGUCAUGACGAGCGAUGACAUUGAAGCCUACGCGCGGACGGCCGGGUACCGUGGGUGGUCGUGGACCGUCGGGCGCAUGGGGUUGGGCGAAAGCGACCGCAACCCUGCCGUGAUCGAAGCACUCGACAAGAUGGUCGACUGCAUCUGCAAAAGCGAGCCGCUCGACGUCCUUGUCAAGGCGCGUCGCGCGAUGGCGUCGCCGCCCACGAUGCUGCUGACGCCAAACGCCGAGCGCUUCAUCGAGUCGACGCCACCGUGCUUCUCAUCGGCCGUGCUCCACGUGCCGACGCAAGCGAUCACAACGAUCCCGCGGUCCACAAGUGACGUUGACGCGCCGUCGGGCUUUGGCGCCAACUGGAUGUUUGGCGAUAUGAAAGGGCAGUAUCUCGAGGAAAAAGAAGCGUCGUCCGAAGUGGACUUUGCGUUUCACGACGUCCGCGCGCCGCCACCCAGCAGCGACGAUUCGCCUGUCUCCGCGAUGAGCCACGAGAGUGACGACGACGACGAGGGCUGGCAGUUCUUUGCCGGUAGCAUUGAGCGCCACAAGGCUGAAAACAUUUUGAGUGCACGAGGCGAAGGCGCCUUCCUCGUUCGCCGAAAGGACUCGCAGACGCUCGUGCUCUCGUACAACGGCGCCGACGACAUUCACCACGUGCUUCUCGAGUUUCACGACGGCCGGUACCACAUUGGGUCGGCCAAGUCGUCGCUCAACCAGCCGUCGUUUCCAACGCUCGCUGCGUGCCUCCAGAGCAUCCAGCGCUACGCGAGCCACGGCAUCGUGUUUCGCCGGCGCCAGCGCUUCCGUGUCGGGGAAAAGCCGACAGCGUCGAUUCUUCUCGAGCCCGAGACGACGCCGACGCCGCGCGCGCCGCCGCGAAGCGCGGGCAAGUCGGACAUGGUCUGGCGCGUGAGUACGACCGAGUCGGGCGCGCUGCCGCGCCUCCAGUCGAUGCAGGAGCGCCUCGACGUGCCACCAAUCCAGCGUCUACAAGUGCUCACACGUGACUUUUACGGCCGCCUCCGCACGCGUCUCCGCGCGUUGCUGCCCACGAGCUCCAAUGAGGAAGCCACAACGAUUCAAGAACUCCUCGCGGUGGCGCUGGUCGAAGAGCGUGAAAAUACACUGCAGGACGGUCGACGCACAGGCCUCGAAGACGCGUGGCGAAAGCUGGUCAAGGACAUGGAGUCGUGGAAUCAGAUCUUAGCGACGCUCGAAAUCACGGCCCCGUAAGUCUGAUAUGGACUGAUACGAUCUGGUAUUCCCAGUCGCGGUGCUCGUUUUGUCAAAACCUAAGAAUCAACACUGGACUGCACGGCAUAUGGUGUCAUGACAGUUGUCGUGGAUCGAUAGACAAUCUGUCCAUUCGUAUAGUAA